UCUCGUGAGUGGAUGUCGACUCAAAACAUUCAAAAACCUCAGAAGAAAAAUCCUCCGUGUGAUUUCUCGACAUUUUUCUCAAUAUUUGGCCUUAAAUACCCUCGAUACUCUCUUAUUUUCUGGUGCAGAUGAUUAGUGCAUGUCAGAAAAAAAGAGAAGAAAGAUGAAUGAAUCGCUAAGAGAUAAGAUAAUCAAAGAAAUAAUUUUAACCGAGAAAACAUACCUCCAGCAGCUCCACACUCUUGAUAAAUUCUUUGCCAAACCAUUGCUUGAGAGAGACUUUUUUCCUGUACACGUUCAUUCUGCCAUCUUCGGAGAGCUGGCGUCCCUUCAGCACAUGAACAAUGAGCUCUAUCACGCUCUCACAAGUGAAGAUGGAGAUGUGGGCAAAGCGUUUCUCCACCUCGCUCCUUUCCUAAAAGUCUACUCCUCGUAUGCUAAAAAUUACCAACAGGCGAUGAGCCUCAUUCUGGACUGGGAGAGAAAAAGUGAGAAGUUUCGAACGUGGCUUACUGGAACCGAAUCAAGGCCAGAAGUCCAGUCAAAACUGCCAUCUCUUUUGAUCACACCAGUCCAGCGGGUCCCUCGGUAUCGCUUGCUUCUGGCGGAGCUACUAAAACACACAGCAAAAGACCAUCCUCAGUAUGAUAGCAUUGCCAAAGCUGAAGAGGAGGUUGGGCACGUUGCCGAACACAUUGACCGCAGCAUAAGUAAGUCAGAAAGUCUCCAGCGUGUACUGGUUAUUCAGCGUGCUCUGAAGAACGGACAGCCCAACAUCAUAUCUCCAGGCAGACACCUUCUAAAGGAGGGUGUACUACAAAAGGUUUCGCGGAGUGGGAAUAGUUACCAGGCCAGACUGUUUUUCCUCUUUUCGGAUGUUCUUCUCUAUACAAAACCUCCAGCCAUUUGCCUCAGUAGCAGCUCCAACAGUAUUAGCGAAGCUCUUGAUAUGGACUACAAGCCACGAUCUCUGGAGUAUUGUUGUUUACUGCCUCUUUUCGCCCCUGCCCCUGUCACAUGGGGCUUUGGCAUUGGUCACCAAAACCCUUUUUUUGGGGUUCAAAAGCCACAAGAUGAAAAUCAAAACAGCAAUGCCGCUAGAACUUCCGAUGACCCACCCAGAGCUGCCAAAGAGACUACACCCAAGAGUCAGUGGUCUCCAGGGGCAUUCUUUUCACAACUGAUGCAAGUCCAGGAUUGCCUGACACCGCCUUGGCUUUCUCCAAGCAAAAGAAAGAAAGCUGCAAGGGAGAGUAGUUCAGACGAAGAUGGGAAGCUCAGGUCUCCUCACUCAAAACCCCCGGGGGUACCCCUCCAGAGAAAAGCCCUCAAAGACGCAAAGAAAUGA